AUGGAAUCAGAAUCAGAUACUGAAGAGAAUGAAAAAAUACAAAUAAUUUUGCGCGAUAUGUGUGAUAGUCCACAUGUUCUUUAUCGCACAGAACAACCUUUGCGUCUUUACAGACAUGGCAAGCAAAAGAAAGUACAUCUUUACGCAACAGCUUAUCAUGUUUAUUUAGUCAAGGCCAAAAAAGUAACUUUUUAUGCUAGGUGGCCUAAUAAAUUGCUGACAGUAAGUAGUGUUCAAAAUACUCUCUUUAUUGGAAAGUCUGAUUCUACAAAGGAUAUUCAGACAAAUGUUUCUACACGAGCUGUUUUGACCGCAGAGAAAGAUGAAGGUAAUGACUUUAGCUCGGUAAAACUUGAGGGAUUAUCAGCGAAAGAAGUAAGAGAUAUUGAGGACCGGUUAACGGAACUUUCCACCACUGCACGGAUUUUGGCAGAUACUCUCGAAAGGGAGGAGGAACAUCCUUCAGAACAUCAAGAAUCAUUUUCAAAAGAAAAUGAUGAAUGGGGUGAAGCUGAUAGUGAGGGCAGUGAAGAUGAAGGUGGUCCAUUGUGGGAACAGCAACAACAACAACAACAACAACAGCAACAACCCAUAUUGCAAGAUCAACAACAGAGACGAUCACGGGAUGUAGAGUUGAAUAGUUUGUUUGAGAAGGCUCCCUCACGAUAUCUCGCCGUAACAUCAUUAGUAGAUGGAGAAUUUACAGAUUAUAGUACAUUAAAAAAUGCUUAUUUGCGUAAUGAAGAAGAUAUUCUACUAGAGGAUCUUGCAGCAUUUAUAAAUGAAAAUGAGGGACAAGUAGAAAAAUUAUGUGAACGCCAUUACCCUGCUUUUCUUCAUGCAGCACGACAAUGUACAUCUAUUUCAGAACAAGAUGCUGAGUUAGUUGGUCAAGAACUUGGAGGAGCCACUGCGCUUGCUCGUUCUUCUGUAAUGGAAAUGAAACGAGCAGCGGCAGAACUUAAUCUAUCAAGAUGUAUAAGAGAAAAUGUGGCACAUGUUUGUACAUUAUUACAUGCAUUAUUAGAAAUAGCUGAACAUCUUGAGAUGGUAGAAAUGCGUGUACAUAAACGUCAACUUCUUGGAGCUGUUGUAUCAUUAAAACAAUUACUACGAGUAGCAACUCCAAUGUCUGAAUACGCUCUUGGAGAAUAUGUAGUUCAUCAUCGAGUACCACAAAUGGCACAAGAUAUUUUUACAGCUGCGGUACAACAAUUAAAUGCAUGGUUAAAACUUUUACGUGAACUUUCUCGUCCUAUCGGAAUAGCUGCACUUACAUGGGAGGGAUCUGUAAGAGCUGGUUCUAUUGAAAAAAAACUAGAGGUAACAAAUGAAGGAGAUUGGUGGGUUGAGUCAACUUGUUCAAGAGCAUUUAUUAAACGUGCACCUUUUGCAGAAUCAGCAGGUAUAGAAGAUAUUUUAUAUGGAGCAUCAUUACAAGAAGUAUUUGAGGAACUUCGACGUGGUACAUAUUAUUGUAAUUAUUAUGCUGAAAGUCGUGGUCAACAAGCAAAAUUAGAUCUUUAUGAACCUUUUUUUGCAGGAGAAGGACUCUCUGGGGAAGAACUUGUUGCUGAGUUACAACGUUACUGUGAAACUUCGCUGGGAUUUUUACUUAUUGAAGAUAUUGUACAUCAUGCUACAAAACCACAUAUACAAUCAUCAUCAGAAAUUCUUUCGAUGUGGGAUCGUUUAUCACAGUCUAUGGCUGAUCGGGCUCGACGUGUAUCAAGUUUACUUUCUAAUGAUCCCAAUUAUACAGCACGUAUGAUGGAUAUAUUUCGUUUAUUGCGUCAAUUUCUAAAUGUUGCAGUUGAUCUUGUUAGUUCGGUUAGACUUAGCCCACUUACUCUUUCACUUGUAGUAGAAGCUAUGAGUGAUAAUAUUAUAAGUUCAUGGUUACAGGAAGCAUGUAUGGAAGCUACACAAGCAGUCCUCACAGAUACUCUUGUUCCUCUUAUUGCUACAAAUGUUGAAGAUUAUAAUGCGUAUGUUAAAAAAUUCUACUUGGAUCGUUGUAAGUAUAUUGAACUUCCACUUCCACCAAAUGGUUAUACUUCAGGACGAGUAUCAUUACCUUAUGCAUCGAUGGUUCCUGUAAUAGGUGAUGUUGCCUUACGGUUUCUCUCACGUUGUCAUUCUAUUGUCGUAACAGAUCAUAGUGCUGUGGUUCGACAAUCAGAACUUAAUAAUGUAGAUGAAAUGUUCCUUAAGUAUCUUUCUGUGCUUUUUCGUACAGUGGCUGAGUUAUUGCAGAAUCAUUUAAUGACAGUUCCAGAAAGGGGAGUCUUACAGUUUGCUGUUUUUGUAACAUCAUGUGCGACGAUGAGUGUGAUUCUCUCUUGUGUAGAACAACAGUUUUUUUUAGCAUGGCCAAGUGAUUAUGGUGGAAGACGAUGGGAAAAACUUGGGGAACCACGUCUUCUAGCUUCUUCUGCUGCACUUUUUGAGAAAGCGGUAGAGAAAGGUAUAGACAAACUUCUCAAUGCUUUUAUUAUGGAAACUGAAGAUCGUUUAAAGCCGACGGCGGAUAUUGAAUACUGGAAACGACUAAUUGAGGUGCGUCGUGGUACAGUACAGGCCACUUCUCGUGUUGACCCUGAGAGUGGCGAUACUGUGGAACGUGGAUUUGUGGAGACGAUGGAGUACAUUAUUGGAAUGAUCCCGCAGCUCUGUGCGGUGCUGCAGGUCUCUGUGGUGCGCAGUGUGCUGGGGACGGUGGUGGCCCACGUGUGUGUGACGCUGCAGGGGAAUUUGGAGCGGGCGCUCGCCGGCGCUCUCGAGUCGGGCGGCGGGACGCGGGACUUUGCGGUGCUGCGGGGGUGCGUCUCGGAGUUCGUCGCGACGGCGGACGCCAACGUCCCCGGGUGGCAGCGACGCAUCGCCGCGGCGGUUGGCGCGGGCCUUCCGCUCACCGCCCGCUUCCCGCUCGACCCCGUCGCCGUCGCGGAGGAACUCCUCGCGUGGAUCUCCCGCCGGGAGGCCGCCGCCGGUCGACCCGCCGCGGGGUUGGAGGCCGCCGGGAAGUUUGUGGCCCGCGGGGUGGGGAAGGGCCUUCACGCCGUUGGGCAGACAGUCAUGGGCGGCGCUAACGCCAUUACAGGCAGACGCAACUCGUAA